GGUCACACUAGUGUUUUGUUUACAUUGUUAAUAAUACAAUAAUUUUAAAGGUAUUAUGGAUCCAGCCGUAUUAAUUCUUUCUUAUGGAGAAGUUACUCCCAUGGAAAUAGUAGAAAAUAUUUUGAUGGAAAUGAAGCAAUCAAAAAUAGUUGAACCCGUUACAUAUGGCUCCGCAAAAUUAGAAAUCUGCAAAUGCGUUAUGCAUACCAAAUAUUAUAGUAACAAUAUUUGCUUAGUUCCAUUUAAUGGAAGAUGUGAAGAUGUCCCAACUGAAAUCAUUGAAAUGACUGAAGCUUUAAUUAUUUACUUUGAUUCCAAAGACAUACGCUUUGUUGACAGUAUCCCUAAAAUAGUAAACUUCUCUACAAAAAAUGACAUUCAACUUGGCUUUCUGAUAACAACAUCAUUUUCCGAACAACCCAAUGAAUUGACAUUCCAGGAUCUUAAACAGAAAACCAAUUUCCUAUUCGAUAUUAUAACAUUAAAAAGUGAUAAUGAGAAGGACAUAUCGUCAGAAGAGGAGAAAAACCAAUAUGCAGAGAUUGUGGACGGCUUGAGUAAUUUUGUUUGGUCAAAUGUUAAAGUACAAAGUAAUUUAGAUCCAUUAGAAAGACAAUUAAAUAAUACUGAUGAGCUCGAAGCCCAGUUGAAUGAUUUUGAAAAAUUAAUAAUUACUGCACAAAAUUUACGAAGGGAUACGCAUUUGUCCAGAGACGAGUUUCUCAAUAAAGCUGAAGAGCUGGCAGAAGUCAUAUCAACAAUAUUAAAUGACACUGAUAGUGAUUAAAUGUACAUAUGUAUGUAACUAUUUUUAUUAAACAUACGGCAAGCGACAUAGUAAACGUACGCUUAAAUAUAAAUUGUAAAAUUUGUUAACAAUGA